AAAUCCGCCAUGGCUCGUCUACAACAACGAUUUCGUGGUGUCCGUCAGCGACAUUGGGGUUCCUGGGUUUCUGAAAUUCGACAUCCUUUACUGAAGACGAGAAUAUGGCUAGGUACAUUUGAGACAGCAGAGGAUGCAGCGCGAGCAUAUGAUGAAGCUGCAAGGCUCAUGUGUGGACCAAGAGCACGAACGAAUUUCGCUUUUAAUGAUAGUGAUUCUCAUUCAUCAUCCUCGACUAAGUAUCUGUCUGCUGCUUUGAUAGCUAAACUACAACGAUGCCAGAUGAAAUCUCUUAAUAUGGUGAAUAAUCAACCUGGAACGAUGAAAUUAGAAGAUGAAAAUAAUCAGUUAUCAUCAUGUCAUCAACUUGGAAACAGGGGAGAUCAUGGCAUUGCUAGAAGAAAUGUGCAAAUGAGUGUCGAAAUGCCGGUAAGUUAUGAAAGCCAAGCAGAGAGUACGCAACAAUUCAAGUCACUUGAAGAUCAUCAAAUUGAACAAAUGAUUGAAGAGUUGUUGGAUUACGGAUCAAUUGAACUCUGUUCUGUUUUGCAAGAAUAAGCCAUCAAUGUGAAUGUAACACUUUUACAUUCUAAUGAAAUCCUCCUCUGU